UUAGGUUUAUUCUCAGUUUAUGAAGAAAUCUGAGUCAGCAUUGUGAAAGGAAGGGAUCAUUAACUGGACCCAAAUAAUCUUGAAAUCUUCGUGUGUAAAAUUUUAUCAAAGACAACCUGAAACUCUGAGCAUUCAGACUGGAGAGAACAAAAGCAGCAGUAAAAUAAAAUGGCUUCUAAGUUUUCAGAGGAGGAUUUCUCCUGUCCUGUGUGCUAUGACAUCUUCAAGGAUCCUGUUUUACUACACUGCAGUCACAGUGUGUGUAAAAUGUGUUUGCAGCAGUUCUGGAAGACCAAAGGAUCCAGAGAAUGUCCUGUUUGUAGGAGGAAGUCAUCUAUGGAAACUCCACCUAUAAACCUGGUCUUAAAGAACCUGCGUGAGACUUUCUUACAGGAGAGAAGUCAGAGAUCUUCAUCAGGGUCUGAAACAGUCUGCAGUCUGCACAGUGAGAAACUCAAACUCUUCUGUCUGGACGAUCACCAGCCGGUGUGUGUGGUGUGUCAGACUUCAAGAAAACACACCAACCACAAAUUCUUCCCCAUUGAUGAGGCAGUAAUAGACUGUAAGGAGAAGCUCAAAAUUGCAUUAAAGACCUUACAGGGGAAACUGAAGAUCUUUACAGACUGUAAACUGAACUGGAGUCAGACUGCAGAACAUAUAAAGAUUCAGGCCCAACACACAGAGCAUCAGAUUAAGGAACAGUUUGAGAAGCUUCACCAGUUUCUACGAUUUGAAGAGGCAGUCAGGAUUGCUACACUGAGAGAGGAAGAUGAGCAGAAGAGUCAGAGGAUGAAGGAGAAGAUUGAGAAGCUGAGCAGAGACAUAUCAUCACUUUCAGACACAAUCAGAGCCAUAGAAGAGGAGAUGAGAGCUGAAGACAUUCUGUUGUUACAAAACUACAAGGCCACAGUGAAAAGAGCCCAGUGCACACUGCAGCAUCCAGAGGAGCUUUCAGGAGCACUGAUCCAUGUGGCAAAACAUCUGGCCAACCUGAGGUUCAGAGUCUGGAAGAAGAUGCAGGACACUGUCCAAUACACACCUGUAACUCUGGACCCCAACACUGUUCAUCCUAAUCUCAUUGUAUCUGAUGAUCUGACCAGUGUGAGAUUCAGUGAUGAGAGACAGAAACUUCCAGAUAAUCCAGAGAGAUUUGAUGAAUAUAGCUGUAUCCUGGGCUCUGAGGGCUUUAACUCAGGGACACACUGCUGGGAUGUUGAUGUUGGAGACAAUAUAGUCUGGGUUGUGGGUGUGAUGACAGAAUCUGCUCAGAGGAAGGAGAAAAUAUUCUCCCGAAGUGGAUUGUGGUAUGUGGGAUAUUAUAAAGGUAAAUAUGGAGUAUGUUCUACACCACAGAAAUCCACUCCCCUCUCAGUAGAACAGAAACUACAGAGGAUCAGAGUGAAACUGGACUGGGACAGAGGAAAGCUGUCAUUCUCCAACCCUCUUACUAACACACACAUACACACUUUCACACACACAUUUACUGACAAAUUACUGCCAUUCCUACGUGCAAUUCGUAAAGAAUGUCCUCUAAUGUUCGUCCCACUUCAGUGCUCUGUAAGAGUGAAUCAGAUCAGUUAGAGCUUAUUCACUUUACAGAGUGAACUGAACAGUUUAUUGUAAAAAGUUUAUCAAAGUGUUGUGGUGUUAUUUUGACUCACUUUGACAAUGUAAUCAAAAUAAUGUCAAUAGUCAAUACACACACACACACACACACACACACACAUAUAUAUAUAUUCUGAAAUUUUUUUUUAAUUUUUGUAAAUGAAAGUGCUUGAGUAAAAAUAACGACUUGUUGACUUGAAUCAAAAUAAUGUGAUUUUAAUAAUGAUUUUUAACUACAUAGCACAAAAAAACCCAGAAGGAAAUUAAAAUAAUUAAAGUCUCUUUAUGUGUAGAACAUGAUAUCUGAAAUAGAUUAUUUAAAUUCAUUGAUGUAUUUUAAAUCAUUUGUAACAAUCUGAGACUUUAAAAGCUUGUGUCUUUAAUGUAUUCCUAUUGUUCUGCUUUCCCGCCAUGUCACCUUUUCCCAUCUACCCUGAUGUUCUGUCCUCUAUAUAUUUAUCUUUUUGUGUCUGUUUUGGUCAGUUGUUGUUUUAUGUUUAUUCUGUACGGUCUGGAGUCGGUGUGUUUUCAGGUUCUCAUGUUAUAGUUAUGUUUUUGUUGUGAUCUCAUAGCUGACUAUGGCCAUAAAUAGGAUAUCAAAUGAGUAAAAGGUACACGGACUAUUUAAACCCCAUUUGUAAAUGUUUCAUGUAUAUACAUAUUUCAACAGCGACUACCGAAUAUGGUUUUUGAUGUACAGAAUAACAUGUCUGCAGAGUAGUUAACAAACUCUGAUCCUCUGAUUCAAAAUAUAACAAAAUUAAUGAAUUAAUGAAAACACUUCCAGCUACAAUUUCUUUGUAGAUCCUCAUGUCAUAACAAAGGUUUUCUUUUGUCAUUCACUUGACCAGACAUCAUGUAGCUUCAGCUGUUGGCUAUUUUAUUGUUAACUUGGAUGUAGAUUUAGCAUAACAUGAGAAAUGGACUAUUGUUUUUGUUAAAAACUAUGAUGCUCUUUUGUAUUUCACUAAGCGCAGCUUGUUUGAUUAUUUAAUAAAUAUAUAAUAUAUAAUAUUUAUGCUAUAAAAUAUAACAGGGUGUGUGGAGGCCUGUCAGCUUACCCCCUUUAAGGAUCUCAACAGUAUUAAAACUCAUUUCAAUAUUCCAUGUAGGAUUUAAGUCAAUGUUAAGCUUAAAACCAUACAGUUGUGACUUUAGUGAAUGUCAAGUUUAUCAAUGGCGAGUUUGUGUACUAUAUGUAUGUAAGUCCUGUAUGUUAUUUAUAAUGAUUGUCUUAUCUUUAUCUGGAACCACCCAUAAAUAUCAUCAAAUGUAUUAGGAUGUGUUAAAGGAUGAAAAGAAAGAAAAAUAUUUAUGUGUAAGAAAGUUAUGAGUCUGUUAUUUGAAGUUUGCAGUCACAGGAAUAGUGGAGUAAUGCAGCAAAUUGAGUAACUGUGAUAAUGUAAAGACCUACAAUGAGACUUUUACAAAGACGUAUGUGUUCAGACAGACCUUUCUGCUCAGUACACUGUAAGCCCUUACAGGUUGAUUGAACUUAAAAAAUGUAUGGAAACUCGUUGCCCUAAAAAAGUUAAUUUUGUCUUGUUGAAAAAACAACACAUUUUAAGUUUAAUGUACUUAAGAUUUCAAAUGCAUUUAAUUGAAAACCUUUAGUUCAUUGAAAUCCCAUUAAUCCGUUCCAGCUCGCAAAAUUCCACUCCAGUUGUUUGAAUAUGAAAAAUGUACAGUACCUGUAUUUAUAAAUGACAAAUAUUGUAUAAAAACAUACAGUAAUAAAAGAGAAUGUUAAAAAAAAUAAACUGGU